CCGCCCCGGCACUGCGCGCUCCUCUCCAGGUCUGCUCAUCACCUUCACCGUCAGCGCGGGCAGAGCUGAAAUGUCAGGAGCCGUGAAUGAUGAACCGGGAACACCGGGUGGUCGUCAGAGGUCUGAGAGGAUCCACGUCACGAUCAAAAGUCUUACGGAGAGCAAAGACUUCAGCGUUAGAGGAGGCUGCACCGUCAGACAGCUGAAAUGGGGACUAGCAGAGCGCCUGGGAGUCCCUGCAGAGCAGCUGGUGCUGAGCCACUCCAGCCGAGUCCUCAAAGAGUCAGAGCUCCUGAGUCACCUCAAAGCACAGGAUGAGUCACUCAGCAUCUUUAUGAUCCAAAGGCCACAGCAUCCGUCUGUUGCACCCACCUGUGAUCCACCUUCAGAAAGCCAGUCUGAGCUCACAGCAGUUCUCGAUCCUGACCAUGAUAACUUCACACCGUCUCCCACCUCUCCCCUCUGUCUGGUGGAAGGUCUGGACAGGCUUGGCCUAACAAACAGCGGGCCUGGCUUCUUCCCUGCACUGCAGCGCCAGAUGGAGAGCCAGCUGUUGGCUAACCCGCAGAUGAUGCGCCGUGUCCUGAGCAGCCCUUUAGUGCAGAGCACCCUCUCCACCUCCAGCCCUCAACUAACCAGACAGCUCAUUUUGUCUAAUCCCCAAAUUCAGCAGCUCCUGCAGACGGACCCAGAGGUAGAAGAUAUGCUUAACAACACAGAUGUCAUCACACAGGUGCUGGAGCUCAUCAGGAACCCUGACAUGAUAGAGGAAGUGAUGCGUAAUGAAGACAGAGCACUAGGCAAUUUGCAGCCAGAGCAGGACGACUCUGAAAGCAUCAGCAGUGAUUCUGAUGUGUCUGAGAAGACUGAAACAAAAAGGCAAAAAUUUUCACAGAACCAGAUGGGAGCACCCUCAGUGGUGACUGCAUCAUCUGGGACUCAACAGCCAACUGAAGGAAAAAGCGAGCAGACUCCACCUGUCUCCAGUCAAUCCACAGAUCCUCUCAGAGAACUGACCGCCUCGCCCAUAGCUAAUUCAAACUCUCAGAGCACUGUUACUGCAGGCUUGCAGUCACUGCUAGAGGAGAUCACUUCCACUCCAGGACUGACGGAGAGUCUGCUGUCUGGGCCGUACGUCAGCAGUCUCCUCAACUGCCUCGGACAGAACCCUGACCUGGCUGCACAGAUGCUGCUGAGCCACCCUUUGUUCUCAGGAAAUCCUCAGCUGCAGCAGCAGAUGAGACAGCAGAUCCCUCUCUUCCUGCAACAGAUGCAGAGUCCAGAGCUGCUGGCAGCCAUGUUGAACCCCAGAGCCAUGGAGGCUCUGCUACACAUCCAACAGGGCUUACAGACUCUGGCUGCAGAGGCUCCUGCACUGAUACCUGCGACUGUAAACGUUGGAGUCAGUGUUAAUGCUGCCCCUGAGCGAGCCUCGGACUCUGUCCUCAACAGCCAAUCAGGAAGUGGUCCUCAGGUUGCCAUGGCGACAGAGCAGCAGCAGCAGCAGUUUGUACAGCAGAUGCUACAGGCGCUGGCGAACACCGAUCAUGGGGUCCAUGUAGAGGAGGCCGAGUUCCAGGACGAGUUGGAGCACCUGAGCUCAAUGGGCUUCAGAGACAGAAAGGCAAAUCUUCAGGUCCUCAUCAGAACUGGAGGAGACCUCACCACGGCUAUACAGCAUCUGCUCAGUCUCUGACACACACUCACACAUGUGCACACACACACACACACAUACACACAUUCUUGUACUAUCUAUCUUUGUGAGGACCCUCAUUGACAUAAUGCAUUCCCUAACACACCUAGCUCUCACCUGAACCCUAAAACCAAGUCUUAACCCUCAAACAGGCCUAAAUGUCCUCACUUUGCAAAAAUGUCCUCACUCUGUUGCCAAAAUAUGUUCUAUGGUCCUCACUGUGUAGCAUGUACAAGUACACAUACACACACAUAUGUUGAUCUGUGCAUACUCACAUAUAUAAGUGAAUGCACAUACAUAUUAUAUUUAAGCUCAUACACUUGAUCACAUUAUGAUCGAUUACAAAGUGCUCUACAAAAAACAAACACAGGAAACAUGCAAGCCAUAUUUAUAUUGCUGCACUUAUAUUCAUUCCGUAACUCCUCUCACUAACCUCUGUGUGCAGUAGUAAAUUAUGUUUCUUUCAAGCAUAACAGCAGUGGUGGGGAGUAACUAAUUACAUGUAAAUGAAUUAUAAAAGAAAUGUAGUUGCAAUCAGUCACAGUUGCUGAAAAAAAUAAUGUUGGUAAUUACAAAGGGGUUACAUCUGAAUAUAUUCUUUUUGGUAGAAAGCUUAUACUAGAAUAAAGCACUUCUUCUGACAUAGCAUAUUUUCAGAUAUUUUUCAGCUUUAUCACCCAGUUUAAGGCUUUUGUUUGAAAAGUAAUCAAAUGUAAUAAGUUACAUUACUUUGAUGAAGUAAAUAAAAUAGUUACAUGACUUAUUUCAUUUCAACAGGGUAACUAAUCUAUAACCGAUUACAUUUCAAAUGUAACCUUCCCAACACUGCAUAACUGACGCCCUUACCUCAGUACACCUCACACUUGUUUUUCCUUAUUUGAAUAGUGUGUGCCGUAAGCUUUACAGACUGUGCAUCCCUUUGAGGAAAAGGUGUGAUAUGUGAUAUUUGGCUGUAUAAAUACAUGUAAAACUGACUUGACAUGUUUUGUAUGAAUUGAGUAAAUGUACACGAGUUAAUAUUAGGGUAGAAACGAAAGAAUGCAAUCACUUUCACCCUUUCAGAGACUAUUGCUGUGUCAUAGUACACUUCCAUGUAGUACACUGUGUACACUAUGUACUUAUAAUGCGUGCAUCCAGACUGUUGCUGGCCAUAAUAUCUGCUGGCUUGUCCUCUUGCCUAUUCACCGGAGCAACUGCAGCUGCUUCCACUGCCACCAUUUUCACAAGUUUGGUGAUCCCUCCCCUUCUGCUAUGUAGCCAAGAUGGCGACCAUUGAAUAAAUGAAUGAAUGACUUAAUUUCAAACCAAAAAUGUAAAAAUAAUUUUAAAAAAAAACCUAGACAAAGAUAACAGUGUCUGACAAGGAGCAGGUAGAAGUAAA